CAUCUAAAUCCCCCCCCACAGGAAUCCCAGUCAUGUACUGUUUACUAGAGGUGGUCUCUGUCUGCCCAGACAAACUCGCCCCCAGAUUUGCUGAUAAAAUCGACUGGAUUAAAAGUUUGAUGAACACAAAUAAGGAGGACAUGAGGGAACUCGCCGCCCAGCUGUAUGCCGUGGUGAUCUCCACCAUGACUGGCAAUGAGCUGCAGACAGCCGUUCAGAAUCUGGUCAAAAUCACUAAAGACAACCAUAGUCCUGAGACUCAGCAUGGCGCCAUCUUGGCUCUGGGCUACAUGGUGGGAAGGAAUCUGAGCAGAAAGAAAGCCAUGGAGGAAGAGAGGAGCAUCACUUCCCAGGAUGAUGACAAGCUAGUUUCCUUGGCGACUAAGACAAUUGGCUCCUUCCUGGACAGCAGCAGCGCCAUGUUGGCCGUAGCAGCCUGCACCUCUCUGGGAGAGAUCGGGCGGAAUGGCCCCCUGCUGAUCCCUGCAGAGGGAGAGGGCUUGACCAAACUGUCCAUCGUGGAGAACCUGCUGGCUCGCAUCACUUCUGGCAAAGAGAGCUUAAAGAUGAAGGAGCGCUCCAUUACAACCCUGGGUUAUCUUCCAGUGGGAGACGCAGACUUCCCACAUCAGAAGAAGCUGCUGCAGGGCUUGAUGGACUCGGUGGAGGCGAAGCAGGUAGAGCUGCAGUUCACAGUUGGAGAAGCCAUCACCAGCGCCGCUAUAGGAACCUGCUCUGGAGCCGCCCGGGACCCAUGGACCUGCACAGAGGACCAGUACAGCCCACAACACA